UUGAUAUUUAUCGUUCCAGUGUAACAUCAACUAACAAAUGAAAAUGAUAUAGUUAAUAAAAAAUAUGUUAAAACAUUUUUUGGUGGUUAUUAUAGCAAUUUCUGCUUGUAGUUUUCUUUACGGAAUAUAUAAUUAUAAUGUAGAAAUUGAGUCCAAUGCUUGUCAAAUGACGUACAUGUUUGCACCACCUCAGUUCUCGAGAAUAGACUUCGAAGAGAAUGACAAGUUUCGCAAUUACGGAUUGUAUUACUACAAUGAAGGCCGUAUACCAAUUGAAGUGCACAAAACUCAAUUCACUGGAGCACCCGUUAUUUUUGUACCAGGAAAUGGAGGUUCUUAUAAGCAAGUACGUUCCUUGGCAUCGGUAGCGUUGAGAAAAGCCAGAGAGAGUGCUACUGGAAUUCAUUUGGAUUAUUUUACUAUCGACUACAACGAAGAGCUUUCAGCGCUUUAUGGUGAUUAUUUGGAGCGUCAAACUUUAUAUUUAAAGACUUGUAUAAAGAUUGUUUUGAAGCUUUAUAAAAGUACUGAACAAACUGCAAAAGUAAUUAUAGUUGGUCAUUCCAUGGGAGCGGUAGUGUCGCAAGCAGUUUUAAGAGAUCCAGAAUUUUCUAAAUUCAUCAAUACCAUAGUAUCCUUAUCGUCUCCUAUAAAUAAGCCUAUUUUAGUUCUUGAUGAAAAAAUACAUGCAUUUUAUAAAAGUAUAAACAAAAAUAUAUCUGUUGGACGGUCCUCUUUGAAAUUAAAUAAAAAUUCAAAUUUUUGUUGCGCUACGUGUAGUCGCUUUCUAAUGAGCAAUCAUACCAAUAACGAAGAUAAAAAUUUGAAAAAUGUAUUGAUAAUCACAAUUGGUGGUGGUAAUCGUGACGUACUGGUUCCACCUGGCUUUACAAUUUCAAAAUAUAGCGAUAUACAUGCAAUGACAAUGUCAAUACCUAAAGUAUGGUUAAGCUGUGACCAUUUGUCCGCAGUCUGGUGUCUUCAGCUGGUGCAGGUUAUUAAUAGAUAUAUGUUUGACAUCUCUGCCAGUGACAAGCAAAAUUUCGUUUACUUUACUAAGGAUAGAAUACGUCGGGAGCAGGCUGCGCUUACUCACUUCGUGAAAUUAAAUAUAAUUCAAUCAAAAGAAAUAAACAUUGAACAGGAAGGUAGACAUAACAGUGUAUGGCGGGAAGACACUUUAAGAGUAUUUUCGAAAGCGUUUAAAGAAGGAUCAAAAAGUAAUUUUAUACAAUUAAUUCCACUACGGAGACAUAAAAAACACACGAAAUUAUGCAUUGAUGUUACUCAAUUGGAGUCGGAUGACUUUCUUUUUGGAUGUACUGUAAAGUCUAGAUUUAAUAACGACUUGUUCUGCGAGGACAAAGCCUCACUUUCUCAUAAUUUUCAAAUAUUGCCAUCGAUUAAAAAUAAAAUGCGUUCAGUGGCAAUACUAGAUAUUAAAAAUUUGAAGGAAACGUACGUAAAUUGGACCCAUGUUGGUUUCUUCGUUCGUGCUUCUCGCAAACCGGUAAGAACUCAUUCACUCGUUAAUGUUUGGUUUGUAUAA